CUCGUACUUGAAGGUAAAUUAAGUUCUGAAAACAACCACGAGGAUUUUUUAUUUUUCUGUGCUCUCUCUGCUCUGGACUGUGUCAGUCUGUGGAUUACUUGGAAGAGUGUUAGUCGAUAUCAAAGACUUGGGCCAUUUUAAUUCCUAAAAUGCCCAAAAGGCCACGAAGGAAGAAGGUGGUGGAUGUGGUGGAGUAUGAUUCCGAUGAUGAGAGGAAGUACGAAAAGGAAGCCGUGCCGGACCCCACUCAGGACGACUAUUACCAUGAUGCAGUGGAUGAUUUCCAUGCUCAGAAAGAUAAAAUAUUACUAGACAAAGGACUAAAGCUUGAUGACCAAUAUUCAUCAGAGAGUGAUGAAGAGGUGCUUGGUUUGGGGGUGAAUGAUGAUGAUCUGCUCAGUGAUGAAGAGAUUCAAAACUACAAAAAACAACUGAGAAAAUUCAAACUACACAAGAAAAAAGAUGAAAUGGGAAGUGAUAUAGAAGAAGAGGUUGAGAAGGGUCUCCCAGAUUUGAAGGCAUGGGGAAAGAAGAGGUCAAAAUUCUAUGGAGCAGACAUCAGUGAUGAUGAUAUAGAUCUGAGUGGGUCAGAGGAGGAGGAGGGGGCAGCAAUUCUAGAGGAGAGGGAGGCCCUCAACCUACAGAAGAAAAUGGCUGCCGAACUAGAUGAUAUGGACUUUGGUCUGGAGAUUUUUAAGAAAAAAGAAAAGGUCACAGAACUGGAGACAAGUGAUGGCAAAAUUAAAAAGGAUUUGUCAAAGCUUUCAAAGAAAGAAAAGCUACAGCUUUUGAAAAAGGAUUCUCCAGAAAUGUUGCCGUUGAUUGAAGAUUUUAAAUCUAUUAUGACAGAGGCUAAGGAUGUGUUUGUUCCCCUGUCAAGACUGGUCAAAGAUGGCACAAUAACAGGGAAGGCAGCCGACUACAUUCAGUGCAAACUUCAACUCUCCCUCAACUAUUGCACCAACAUUAGUUUUUAUAUGAUGCUGAAGGCUAAAAAACUUCCAGUCCAAAAUCACCCAGUCAUAAAGAGAUUGGUGCAGUACAGGAAUCUGAUGAAGCAGCUAGAACCAGCAGACAUUCAACUACAGGAGGAGAUUCAAGAUAUUCUCUCCAAGAUCAGAAAUGGAGAGGCAAUAUGCAUGGAAGAACCUAAACAAUCUUCAACAUUUAUUAGGAGGAAGAGCUCGAAAACAUUGAGGAAAAAAGCAGAAGAGAGGAAGAUAAGUGAGAUGAUGUCAAGCUCAGAUGAAGAGGAGGAAGAGGUACCAAGCAAGAAGAGUAAACGAGAAAAUCAGAGAUAUGAAACAGAGGAUGAAAAAGCAGCUUUGGCUUACUAUGAGAUGAUGAAAAAAGGACAAAACUCUGAUGAAGAAAACGAAGAGGUGGAUGAAGAUGAAAGCAUUGGUGAUACAGUAAAUCCAGAGCAGGAAGAUGAAGAGGAAGAAGGAGGAAAGAGGGCCAUUACUUACCAGAUUGAGAAAAACAAGGGUCUCACGCCCCACAAGAAGAAAGAGCUGAGGAAUCCUAGAGUUAAACACAGAAUGAAGUUCCGCAAAGCUAAGAUCAGAAGGAGAGGCCAGGUACGAGAGGUGCGAACUGAAACAUCACGAUAUGGAGGAGAGAUAUCAGGAAUUAGAUCAGGAAUCAAAAGAGGAAUGAAAAUGAAAGCGUAAAAUUUGAAAUCAAUAAAAAAAAUAAAUAUCCUAAAUUUUUAAUGCAUUUAUUCAGCACUGAAGUGUCAUAUCCUAAUUAAGAUGUACAUGUAUAAAUGCAUAUCAACAUUGAAAGGACUAGGUGCGGUUUUAUGCAUUUUUUGCCCCCAAAAUCAAAGUUUUAGAAAGAGCUUUAUAAAUAAGGUGAAAGAUAGUUAAAAUCAUAUUGGAAAUAAAGGUGUAAAAGGUUAUCACCACAAUGACGUCAUAAUGUAGAAAUGACGUCAUGAAAAUUGCAUUAUAUUGACAAAUUGAUGUUUUGUAGCGAAAUAUGGAUAUUUUCCGAUGGUUUUUCGACUGGGAAACAUCGAGCGCAGGCUUGCUCAAGUACCAUAUUUUAGUAUAAUGUGUAUAACUAUCUGAAGAAAAAUAUAUGUUAAAAUCGCACUUGAGCAGACCUGCGCUCUAUACUUCCAAAUGCAAAAUAUAGAGGAAAAAUGAGAAUAUUUUCAUUUGUUUGCAAAUUUGCGGGAAUUGGGCCAUUUAGGUGACAUCAUAGAUACACAGCGAAUGAGCAAUGAUGACCAAAAUCAUUAUUAAAGGUAUUGGCAUCCUCUAUACAAUGAUUUGUGAAGAUUUUAUUUUUAUACGAUACUUUUUAAAAAUUGGUUGAAAUCGGGGGCAGAUAUUUGACCAUACCGCAUAUAGUCCUCUUCUUUUAUACACUUUUUGGACUGGGUAAUUAAGAACAAAACUUUAUAUGUUUUAAAAGCUUCCUGCGCGGUCAGUCAAACUGCUAUUUGGGAGAUCUAUCUGAACGAAAAUAAUACUCAGUACUGAAAUUUAACUGUGAUCACAUCAUUACUGAAAUUUACACAUGAACGAUUUUUAAACAAACUGAUUUUGUGCAAGAUAACUAUGAUGACGUUACGAGGUCAUCACAGCAGUAAAAGAAACAAAAUAUGGUAAUUUUCUUGUAUAUGUCAUAUCAAUAAAUGAACAAGUUUUG